AUGCAACACACAUGUACAUGUAUAGCUAUAGCUAUAAUCAUCCUAAUUCUUAUCUAUCUGGCAGAAACAAAUGGUAAGAAACAUGGAUGUGUGGAAGCAAUCAAUGACUUGAGAAAAUCUAUACAUGAAGACUUAACAAAUAUGAAGAAGGAAAUUCGAUCCGAAUUAUCAAAAAGGUCUAAACAGGGGAAGAAUGCCAAAAAAGUGACAGCCAAAGAUGUUCGCAAAAUGCGAGCUGGAAUAAUUGAGCACAUCAACGCAAAGAACAUAAGUGGUGAAUUGCCGAGAAUUGCUGGUUUUGUACGGCUGGCAUUCCAUGACUGUGUAGGAGGAUGUGAUGGAUGCAUAGAUCUAGACAACGAAGAAAACAAUGGAUUGGGUGAAUACAUUGAGGAAUUGGAGGAUGUUUAUGCACGAUUCUCUCGGAAAUUGAGUCGUGCUGAUUUCUGGCAACUUGCGGGAAUAACAGCACUUGUGGUCAGUGGAACUGAUUGCCGUUCGUGUAUGCAUCCUGAUGUACAGUUCAUGGCAGGACGAAAAGACUGUGCAGCAUCUCCGGAAUAUGCUGGUGAAAUGAGGAAAUUCCCAAAUAAUGGUGGUCACGCUGAUAUAGAUGAUGUCCUGGGCUUUUUUGAAACAACAUUUGGUCUCCCCAGAUCAAGACCAGAAUUAGCAGUUGCAUUACUAGGUGCCCAUUCUUUAGGUAGAACUCAUCUGAACGACUCUGGAUUCCAAGGAUCUUGGGACUCAACACAAAGCAAAAUUGAUGCAUUAUAUUACCAGGAUUUACUCAACUUGAAGUGGACACAACAAGAAAGCAAAAAUAACGAGGGUGAUGUUAAGUUUCAAUGGAGUGGAAGCUUCGCAGGUCGAAGCACUAAUACAAUGAUGCUGAAUGCCGAUAUGUGCCUUCGUAAAGUUAUAAAUCCUGUUGACAAAAAUGGACAUUCUGCAUGUACUCUCAAUAAUUGCCGGGACCAACCUGAAACCAUCAAAUAUGUGGAACUAUUUGCUGUUAACAUUACAGCCUGGGAACAGCACUUUAAGGAAGCCUACACUAAAAUGACUACAACUGGAUAUGAGAAGUCUCAACUGUAUGUCCCUGUUUAGAAAUGAAAAUAUUAUGCUAUCAUAUAUUAUUACACUUUCAUCAAAUUAUCAGUAACAGUAUGAUUUGGUAUAAACAUUUGAGUUGAUCAAUUUCACAUGUUACAAAACAUGGG